CGUUUGUUGAUGAUAUGACAAAAGAAGAUCCGAGUGAGCCUGAACGUGCACCCAUUUAUCUUGGUAAACGUCGUUUUGGAGCUGGUCCUUCUCGAUUCCAAUAUAUAUCAGAAUACAUGAAACGUUGGAGUGGAAUUGUGGAUUUCAGCGAUAAAAAUUGGUUUGAUUUGUUCAAAAAAGAGCUUUCACAGAUAAAACCUGAACAGAAUUUACCUAUUGAAAUCGAUGAGAACAAGUUUUAUGUUGAAGCAUCGUCUGGUCGUUCACUGUCCAUCAAUCGUAUAUUGGAUACUCCGCAGUUAUCACCUGUUUCAUUUGGACCUGAAACGAUUAUUGCAAAUAUUAAAAGGUUCGAUAGUCAUCAACGCAUUUGGAAAACUGGAUCAUGCAGUGAAGAUGAGGUCGAUGAUUCGCUAAAUGCUCAUGUUUGUUGCACAAACGAUUCUGAUAAAUAUUGUUCAAAAUCAUUGCGUAAAUCAUUCAGAUGUUCACAUGCUACAUAUAUCGGGAUGCAGAGUUCUGAUGACGAAGAGGAAGAUAUCUUUGAUCCCUUUGCUGGUGACAGUUCGUUCGAUCAUUUAAAAAAUCUGACUUCAAGGAAAAGUCGAAAUGGAAAUGCGAAAAAAGUCGCUUUUAAGGAAAAAAUUAAACGAUCUGUUUUUUCUGUAAAUCUCAGUGAGAGAAAUAUAGAAAAAUUGCGAGAAACAUAUCCUGAACAUUACUAUGCUAUCCGAUCUCCACCGCUGUUAGGAUCGGAAGAAGUUUCGAAAUUAAAUAAAGACGAUUUGCAGUUGCUUGCUUACAUGCCUGAUCGCGAUGAUUUUGAAUGGGAAUAUAUGAAUGAUGCGGAGCGUUUAAUAAGUCGUUUAUGUUUACAACCUUCGACCCUUGGUGAUGAAGAUACGGCUUUUGAAAAUCGUACGUGA